UACCUCAUCAAAUAAUAACAUGAUGAGUGCCAAACACACCCUCAUAACUUUUACCCAGAAAAAACUCCACCUCUUCUGAACCUUCUUCAACACCAAAAACAGAGAAUAACAAUGGCCAAGUCCCAAAAGACAAACCGUGGACGCUGCUUUAUAUUCCUUUGUUUCAUCUUCAUCUUCUUCCUCUGCAUCCUCGCUUCCAUUAACGAAGUCCGCUUCCAGGGCUUACUCAGGUUCGGUCGUUGUAAAAUACCAAAUCAAUCAUCAUCAUCAUCUUUACUUGCUUCCAAUAAUGACCAAGAGCUUCGAAUCCUAAUAGCCGUUCUAACACUACCCGACCAGUACCUGCGCCGCCACUUCCUCCGCCUCGUUUACGGCACACAAGCACUCCCGGAGGGAACCAAAAUUGACGUGAAGUUUGUAUUCUGCAACCUCACGAAGGAAGAGCAAAAGGUGAUGGUGGCCCUUGAGAUCAUGCGCUAUGAUGACAUCAUCAUCCUCAACUGCACUGAAAACAUGAACAAAGGCAAAACCUCUACCUUCUUUCGGAGUUUGCCGGAGAUCUUCAACGAAACAGAUGGCAGUGAUGGACAACAUUACCCUCCUUACCAUUAUGUGAUGAAAGCAGACGAUGACACAUAUGUGAGACUCAACAGUUUGGUGGAAUCGUUGAAACCAUUGCCAAGGGAGGAUUUCUACUAUGGAUUCGUGAUACCGUGUGGUAGCAUGGACCCUUUCAAGCACUAUAUGUCUGGGAUGGGGUUCUUGGUCUCGUGGGACAUUGUGGAGUGGAUUCAUGAUUCUGAUAUUCCAAAGCAGCAUGUGGAAGGUCCUGAAGAUAAGGUCUUUGGAGAUUGGAUGAGAUGGGGUAAGAAAGGGAAAAACAGGUAUAAUGCUAAGUGGUCUAUGUACAAUUAUCCUGAUCCACCUUCAGUGUGUUCCCAUGAUCUUUGGCCUAAUACUAUUGCUGUUCAUUUGUUGAAGAAUCCAGAAAAAUGGAUUAGGACUCUUACAUUUUUCAAUGUCACUCAAAAUUUGAAGCCAUCAAAGUUAUAUCAUAUAAGUUAGUCCUAUAUUAUUAGGUAUUUGUACUUAGCUCACCAUCUUCUUUGUUUAUUUAAUUUUUUUUUUAUAUACAUGAUAUGAUUAUAUCAUCUAUGUACUCCUCACACAGUCAAGGAGGAGAAUACUUAAUUGCUUCAAAUUCUUGAGAAAGAGGGGUAAAACUUGUUGUAUGAAUAAAA